AAGCAUCAUGCAGUUCUAUCUCCUGUUUCCUCUCUUGCUGAGCUGUGGACUUGCUGUUGGCAAGUUUGAAGACUUUGAAGACACCGAUGAUAUUGCUGAUUAUGAUGACAAUGACUUUGCAGAGUUUGAAGACACAAGUGAGGAUGUACCCCAGGAGACCAUCCAGAAGGUCACUACUGUUCAAGAUGAUGAGGAAGAGGCAACUGUAGAAGUGGAGGAUCAGGAUGAAAACCAGGAAGAUUUUGAGGACUCAGAUGUGGCAGGAGAGGGCGAUGCAGAAGGAGAGCCAUUUGAUGAUGAAGAAUUUGAAGGCUACGAGGAGGUGGACAGACCUUCCAGCAGAAGCAAAGAUCCGAUUAAAAUUGUUAAUGUCCCACAUCAUCUGCAGAACAGCUGGGAAAGCUACUACAUGGAGAUUCUGAUGGUGACAGGCCUGUUGGCUUACAUCAUGAACUACAUCAUAGGGAAAAACAAAAACAGCAGGCUGGCUACUGCGUGGUUCAACUCUCACAAAGAACUGCUGGAGACUAACUUUUCCCUUGUUGGAGAUGAUGGGAUCAAUAAAGAACCCAUCAGCACAGGGAAACUGACCCAGGAAAAUGAACAUAUCUACAACCUGUGGUGCUCAGGGCGUGUGUGCUGUGAGGGAAUGCUCAUUCAGCUGAAGUUUUUAAAACGGCAGGAUCUGUUAAACGUACUUGCAAGGAUGAUGAGGCCGGCCAGUGAUCAAGUGCAAAUCAAAGUGACAAUGAAUGAAGAAGACAUGGACACCUAUGUGUUUGCCAUCGGAUCACGGAAGGCCAUGGUCCGCAUGCAGAAGGAGAUGCAGGAUUUGAGUGAGUUCUGCAGUGAUAAGCCCAAGUCAGGGAUUAAAUUUGGGCUUCCUGAUUCACUAUCUAUCCUGUCUGAGAUGGGCGAGGUUACCGAGGGUAUCCUGGACAACAGGAUGGUGCAUUUCCUGUCAAGUCAUGCUGACAAGAUUGAGUCUGUUCAUUUCUCGGACCAGUUCUCUGGGGCUAAAAUUAUUCAAGAAGAGGGUCAGCCCCUUAAGCUGCCUGACACUAAAAAGACACUACUGUUUACAUUUAAUG